UGGAAAAGAAUCACUAAGUCAUGGAUUGACAGCGCACUCACGGGAGGAGUUACAUUGACCUACGAUGAAGAAAAUAAUGGGCUCACCAUUUCAGGACGUGUGACGUCAUCUGGCUGUGGAUCUGCACCACCGUCUGGGGCCUUGACUCUCAUUAAAGGAUACUGGACAAUGAUAAAGUAUACCCAAGAAUUUCGCGGAAGAUCGUCAUGCUGGAGCAUUUUUGGCGAUGAAUGGUAAAGAUUAUGAAUAAUUUAUCCGAAUACUAAACAAAGAUAAUAUACAUAAAGAUGCAAUUUACGACUUCACGACCAAGGGGGAAAAAAAUAGCUUGACUGUUUCAUUAAGCUUGCUUGAAAAUUUCAAACAUUUUUUUUAUCGUUUUUGUAAAAACAAAAAAACAAAAAAAAGUUAAAACGAAAACAACAAAAUUCAAACAAAAAAAGUAAGAAAUAAUAUAAGGACUCGAACGUCACGUCUUAUUUUUUAUCUACACUGCCUUGCAAUUAUGAUGUGUCAGGGGAAAACUUUUCGAGUGAAACAUAGCAAAUGAAUGAAAAAUUCGCCCUCAAUUUCAGGUACGGUGGACUAUAUAUCUCCAACACGUCGACAGGAUUGUAUCCGUUCAAUGCAAAAGCAGGAGACGUCAUUACAGAUGAGUACCGCAUGGGUUUAAACUGUAAGUGGCAUUUUCUUUUGCUGAAUUAAUUUUAACGGAGGAAUUAAAUUUUGAAUUUCUCGUGGAAAACCUUAGUGAGGCGAUACUUGUUCUUGAGGAGCAUUUAAGGUGGAAUUGACAAUUCAGGUGUUUCAUUUUCCCUGGAUCACAAAACUGUUUCAUAUUAAUAGCCAUUUUUUUUUGUCCCACACGCGCUCUAUAGAUAAUCCAAAAUCGAUUGUCCGAAAAGAAAAAAAAGAAACGACCUGAAUGCAAAAUAAACGAUUUAGACAAACUGAGAUUCAUCUUUUUUGUUUGCCGCAGCACACGCAUUUGAUGGUAAAACUAGAAGAUGCGACAAAUUGGCAACAAAUUUCUGGAAAAGUCAAAAGGGCUUGCGGCGCGCAACGGUUGUUCUCAGAAGAAAACCGAUGGCAGAGAAGGCUGGAAUUUUCACUGGUACCUCGUGCGGGAGACCAACAUACAAGAUCAGGGAUAUUUAUGUAUACUUUUAG